GAUCCCAGUUCUCUGACUUGCACAGUCGCAGAAGACACGUAGAGAGUAGUGGUUAAUCGUUGUACGAGACAAAGAGGCGCGUGCGGUGCACGCUGGGCUGUGUAGUCCGCGCCAAGCUUAACACACCUAACUUAGGAUGGAUGGGAAACUCUCCCAGGGUAUUCGGAUGGGUCAGUGCCUCGGGGGAACCCAGACAUCUGACCAGAGUCUCAGUACCGUCCCGUUCCAGGUGACUUGGCUAGUCCGCCCCCAGCGUGUCCUCGGCAGCGAUAACCUUUUCCUGCAGGCUCUCUCUGACGCCUCCCAGCGGUGGCCGGGGCACCGAAGUCUGCGCUGACCAACUGAGAACCCCGAGCCAAGCGGAAAAAAUCAAGUUCCUAACAGCGGCUGCAAGUGGGAGCACUUGUUCCGCCAGGUGAAUGAGAGGGUUAAACCUACCGAGACCGUUCGCUGCUAUUUCCUAGAAUGGCACGGGCUAGUGGACAUUUCCGUUUCCGUUGCUGGAUCCCUGGGUCCCAAGUGUCUCCAGCUCUGGUUGUGCUUAUGAGCUAAGUAGCUGGUAUCUAGAAAACGGGACUCUCUUCACCGCAAUGGAGUCAGCGGCGCCAGAAGCUGCAAGGGAGAAGUUGGACGGGGCAGAGCAGGGGGAGAACCGGACGUCAGGAUCCCAGGGAGUCCCGGGGUCCCCCUUCAGUUGCGGAGUUGUUACACCCAAUCGGCCCUUCUUGAUAUGGCCCGGGCAGCCGGCCGCUCGGGAAAUGAUGCUGGGCCUGCAGUACCUACGUAGGUCAGUCUCUGGCCCUAGGGAGGAAGAAGAUCCUGCCAGGACCAACUAUCCUGCUGUCCCCAAAGCCUUCGAGUGCCGGGAAUGUGGACUGACUGCAGCCUAUCUCCCUGACGUCGUUCACCACCAAAGCAGCCACGGAGGUGACAAGCCCUACUGCUGUCCAGAGUGUGGCAAAAGCUUCCGACGUGGCUCAGAUCUGGUUAAGCACCACCGGGUACAUACUGGCGAGAAACCGUACCCCUGUCCCGAGUGUGGCCGUUGCUUCAGCCUGAACUCCAACCUCAUCCAGCACCGUCGCUCCCACUCAGGCCUCCGGCCCCACAAGUGUCUAGAGUGCGGGGAGGCAUUUGGCCGCAGCUCGGACCUGGUUAAACACCAACGGGUGCACACGGGUGAGAAACCUUAUGCCUGUGCGGAGUGUGGUAAGACUUUCAGCGUUAGCUCCAACCUGAUCCAGCACCAGCGGACGCACACAGGCGAGAAGCCCUACCGCUGCGGAGAAUGCGGCAAGAGCUUCUGCCUCAGCUCUAACCUGGCGCAGCACCAGCGCUCACACACGGGUGAGAAGCCCUAUCGCUGUGUCUGGUGUGGUGACAGCUUUGGGCGUAGCUCUUACCUGCUCAAGCACCAGCGUUCGCACACAGGGGAGAAGCCCUACAGUUGCUGUGAGUGCGGCAAGAACUUCACCAACAGCUCGGACUGCCUACGGCACCAGCGCACCCACAAUGGCGAGCGCCCCUUCAGGUGUCCUGAGUGUGACCGUGGCUUUAGUGAGCGCACCCAGUUCGCUGAGCACCAGCGUAUCCACUUGGGUGAACGGCCCUAUGCCUGCCCAGAAUGUGGCAAAACCUUCAACCACAGCUCCAAGCUCCUGACCCCACGAGCGCACACAGACGAGAAGCCCUAUCAGUGUCCCAACUGCAGCAAGAGUUUUGUACACAGUUCAAAUCUGCUGCGGCACCAGCACACUCACGCCGGCCAGAAGCCUUAUGCUUGUAGCGAGUGUGGCAGGAGCUUCCGCCAGAGCUCCCACCUGCUCAUCCACCAGGUGGCGCACAGCGGUGAGAAGCCCUAUGUCGGCCUGCUGUGUGGCAAGGCCUUUGCCCGCAGCUCCAACCUGGGCCAGCACCAGCGGACACACCAGGGUGGCAGCCCAUAUCCCUGGCUUAAGUUUCAGCCCCAACUUCAGCCCUGACUUGGGUCCAGACCUCAAGAGGCCUGAGCAGACUAGCACUUCUCAGCAAACCUUGUUUCUGCUCCUCUAGGGUUGCUGGUUUGUGGGCUGAAUCAGGGAACCCCAGGCUGGAGGAAUCAGAACAGAAAAGUGGACUUAGGCCUGGCCUGUGAGGCCCUGGAGACAGAAGGCCAGCUGGAGGGAGAUUUUUUGGUUGGCAAGUGCUAUCCAUCACUGGCACAGCUGCUUCAAGAUGCAGAUACACCUUUGGCAGCUGCUGGCCAGAUCCCUUCAAAGGCCUAGGGAGGGAUGAUGCUAAUCACACCCAGAGCAACAACUACCUUGUCCCAGAGGAACAGGGCUGGACACCAGGCAAGCCCCCAUGAAGAACGCAGUGGAGAAGGGAGCGGGGUCAGGGGGCCCUAACCUCCAGAGCAGACCCUAAGGAAGGCUGUGUUGUGGCAGAAGGACCAGGCAAUUUGAAUUUGGGACUAUUAUGUGAGCUCUGGGGUGUAUGACCCCUUUGAGAGAACUCUUGUAAAGAACAGGGUGAAACUGGUGGGGCCCUGGGCCAAAGCAAAGGACGAGGAGACCUGUCUGUUGAUUUCAGGGGAUGCUUUGUGCCAUUUCUAGGCAGGGGCAAAAGGCCCGAGGUUGGUCAUCUACCCCUUCCUCUUCUUUAGCCUAUUACCUCUCAGGUUCCCCGGGCUCUAUCUCUGAUCCCUCAACAGGAAAAAUGGUGAAGAUUCACUUGUGCCCAGACACUGGGGAUUGGACAUGGCCCUUUUGCCUGGGCCCUGCAGAGGGCUGUCUAAGUAAACAAAUGUGUUUCUGUUGGUAAAACUUAAGCGUAUAUGGAAGCCAGAGGGAGGCUUCCUUAAGCAAUGCACAGUGUGUGCCCGGAGCCAAGUCUAAGCUGUGAGGCCCUUCUCUUUCCUCCUGGUAGCUUGCUUUGUUCCUGGGAGGGGCACAGACUGUAGCCUUUUUGAGGUUGGGGGAGGCCUACUGCCCACCCAGUGGAACCAUAAGCCCCAUGCAUCUGGUGCCCUGUCCCACAGUCUUGCCUUUUAUCAGGCUUGGUGCAUCUAGAACUGUACCCACAUAGAAUAGGGGCUGAAGGGAAGUAACCCCUCUCUCAGCUUCUAACAGUGUCCAGGCUUCUCUCUUCCUAUCUGUGUGACCUCGGACAGGUCUACCUCUUCUGAGCUUCAGUUUCUUCAUCUGUAAAACAGGGAUGAUAAUAGUUACCUCUCAGGAUUGUGGCAAGGGAUUCAUGGGACCACCUACCUGAAACACUCGGGUCAAGGAAGUGAUUUGGUAAAUGUCAGUUCCCCGCUCUUCCUCAAGGCUCGAGCCCUUUCACUGGUGGCAUCGGUCCGCAGGCACCACAUGCUAGCACUUGCUAGCUUCUCCCAAAGGUUAUAAAAAUGAGCAAGACAGCCCCAGUCCCAGGAUAGCUUUGUGUCACGAAGGAGAAGGACUCAGGACCGAUGCUGGCAGUGGAGAAAGGGCACUUUCACCUGGAGCAAAUAUAAGAGGCUUCCUCAAGGUGACAGGUAAUGAAUGCCACUUGUCUCCUGAAGCUGGGAGCAACAUAUGCCUCAGGACACGGGGUCCCUGAUGAAGGGAAAGUUUCUUGCAUGUUCCCCAUCAACGGCACUUCGUAGAGCACAAGCCAGGGCCAGAGUUGGAAGCCUGAGCCAGGCACAUCCACAGUAGGCGCUCAAUAAAUAGUUGUUAAGAUCA